GCUCUCUGACAAAGUGGAUGUAAACUACAUAACAAUGUUCAUUUUUCAAGGCUGGAGAUGAUAAAACGAUAUUUGGUACAUCCAUUUUGUCAGAGGGCAAUAAUGCGCGGCAGCAUUUUGCGAUUAUAGUUUUGAGUCGUGUCCUCUCUCAGAUUUCUCUCUCUUAUAACACACAGACAUAACCUGAAAUUUAAAUUUUAGAUGCACGUCAAACAUGCUGGGAUUGCACAGGAAAUCUUUAAUGCGCCACUAUCACUCAGCUCAAGGAAGUGAAGGCCCCGAGUGGUUUUUUUAUCCUUUCGGGUGGAUAAAAUAGAAAUCUGAACGUUCCACCUAAACGCUCAAUAAAGGAAACUGAACACUUUCUGGGGGUGUCCGGGAGAGGAAUUUGAACGCAGUCUUGUAUUUUUCUACCAUGGACUUUAUAUUAUGCUAGAUAGUAGAGUGUCUUCGGUAAUUCGCCGGGAAGAUUUCGAACGUAUUUUUAUUACACGUCUUUAAUAUUACUCCGUCAGUGCUGAGACGUGUAUUUAUCUUAAUUUAUCGUAUACAUGACAUUUCAUCGUUCAUUGACGCUAUCAUCACACAAAAUGCUGGCGUUGGAGCGUAUACCUGAUCAAAUUGGAUAUUUAGUAUUAACUGAGGAUGGUGCUGUAUUAACAUCUGGAGGAGAUUUAGAAAAUGAUGAAAGAGUGGCAAAUAUUAUCACUAGUUUAAUAACAUUGACAAGUAAAGUUGAUCCUAAAGCAUUUCCAUUGCAUGAUCCUUUUGAAAAGAUAUCAAUCAAAUAUAAGGAUCAUUGUUACAUCGUGUGUCUCUCCAAUAAGAAGAUUUACGUAGUGAAGAGAAAACUGCUAUCUCAGACUACAGCGAUCGUCGAACAGCAGUCUAUCAUCGAUGUUUAGAUAUAAUAAUAAACCUAAUAAUAAAGCCUACAAAACAAUAAA